AUGACAACCGUCCUCUCUCGCCCGUCUUUUUGCUCGGUCAAAUUUAUAUUACGUCAUAACUUUAAGUUAAUAUAUUCAGAAACAGCAGUUAUUGGUGUUAUUGCAGUUAUUGGUGUUAUUGCAGUUAUUGCCGUUAUUGGUGUUAUUGCAGUUAUUGGUGUUAUUGCCAUUAUUGGUAUUAUUGGUAUUAUUGCAGUUAUUGCCGUUAUUGGUGUUAUUGCCGUUAUUGGUGUUAUUGCCGUUAUUGGUCUUAUUGCUGUUAUUGGAGUUAUUGGUGUUAUUGCCAUUAUUGGUGUUAUUGCCGUUAUUGGUGUUAUUGCCGUUAUUGGUGUUAUUGCUGUUAUUGGUGUUAUUGCAGUUAUUGCAGUUAUUGGUGUUAUUGCCAUUAUUGGUGUUAUUGCCGUUAUUGGUGUUAUUGCCGUUAUUGGUGUUAUUGCUGUUAUUCCCGUUAUUGGUGUUAUUGCCGUUAUUGGUGUUAUUGGUAUUAUUGCAGUUAUUGCCGUUAUUGGAGUUAUUGGAGUUAUUGCCGUUAUUGGAGUUAUUGGUGUUAUUGGUGUUAUUGCCGUUAUUGGAGUUAUUGGUGUUAUUGCAGUUUUUGGUGUUAUUGCACUUAUUGGUGUUAGUGCAGUUUUUGGUGUUAUUGCACUUAUUGCCGUUAGUGCAGUUAUUGCAGUUAUUGGUGUUAUUGCAGUUAUUGCCGUUAUUGGUGUUAUUUCUGUUAUUGGUGUUAUUGGUGUUAUUGGCGUUAUUGCCGUUAUUGGUGUUGUUGCCGUUAUUGGUGUUAUUGCACUUAUUGCCGUUAGUGCAGUUAUUGGUGUUAUUGCACUUAUUGCUGUUAUUGGUGUUAUUGCAGUUAUUGCCGUUAUUGGUGUUAUUGCCGUUAUUUCCGUUAUUGGUGUUAUUGCCGUUAUUGGUGUUAUUGCAGUUAUUGGUGUUAUUGCCGUUAUUGGUGUUAUUGCCGUUAUUGCAGUUAUUGCAGUUAUUGGUGUUAUUGCCGUUAUUGGUGUUAUUGCCGUUAUUGGUGUUAUUGCCGUUAUUGGUGUUGUUGCAGUUAUUGGUGUUUUUGCCGUUAUUGGUGUUUUUGCCGUUAUUGGUGUUAUUGCCGUUAUUGCAGUUAUUGGUGUUAUUGCACUUAUUGCCGUCAGUGCAGUUAUUGGUGUUACUGCCGUUAUUGGUGUUACUGCCGUUAUUGGUGUUAUUGCCGUUAUUGGUGUUAUUGGCGUUAUUGCAGUUAUCAGUGUUUUUGCCGUUAUCGGUGUUAUUGCCGUUAUCGGUGUUAUUGCCGUUAUUG